AUGGAGAAUUUUGAAGAGCAUAUUCGCCAUAUUUUGCUUUAUUACUUUAAAAAAGGGAAGAAAGCAACUGAAGCAUGGGAAGAGUUGCGUCAAGUUUACGGCAGAAAUGUCAUCGAAAAAUGUCAGUGCCAGAACUGGUUCGCCCAAUUCCGUGGUGGUGAUUUUUCAGUUAAAGACGCUCAUCGCUCCGGUAGGCCUUCUGAGAUUGACGACAAUAAAAUCAAGGCAUUGGUGCAAGCAAAUAGGCAUUCAACGGUUCGGGAGCUUGCUACCGCUCUAAAAGUGUCCAUUGGAAGUGUUCAUGGUCAUUUGAAAUCGCUUGGUUUCAUGAAGAAGCUCGAUGUUUGGGUAUCGCAUGAGUUGAAAGAAAUUCAUCUGACGAAGCGUAUGAACGUCUGCGAUCAACUCACCAAACGCGAAAAAAACGAUCCGUUCUUGAAGCGUAUGAUCACGGACGACGAAAAAUGGAUUGUCUACAACAAUGUGAACCGAAAAAGGAGUUGGAGUAGGCGAGAUGAAGCACCGGAAAGGCAAGCAAAGGCGGACAUCCACCAAAAGAAGGUGAUGCUGUCAAUCUGGUGGGAUUGGAAGGGACCAGUCUUCUAUGAGCUGCUUCCAAAGAAUAAAACGAUUAAUUCCGAUGUCUCCUGUGAGCAGCUACAGAAAUUAAGUGAUGCCAUCGCACAGAAACGUCCCGAGCUAAUCAAUCGUAAGGGUGUGGUGUUUCACCACGACAAUGCGAGACCACACACAAGUUUGGUCACUCGGCAAAAAUUGUUUCAGCUUGGUUGGGAUGUGUUGCCACAUCCACCAUAUCAGACCUUGCGCCAUCAGACUUCCAUUUAUUUCGCUCUUUGCAAAACUCUUUGA